CGCGUCUACAAAACGUGGGGGCGCCCCCAAAUCCCCAUUUCACGGGUACCACCUCGCCACGCCACACUCCCAAAUGCUCGAGCUCAUCCGUGCUUGAUUGGUCUAAUCCGACGGGCAAAUCCUCCACCAUGGGAUUCGACAAGGAGGCGAGCUCCUCGUCCUCGCAGCUCGACGCGAAGCCGCUGCUGCCGCAGCACGGUGGCGGGGGCGCGGGCGCGCACCUCUCGUCGCAGCCCAAGACGUUCGCCAACGUCUUCAUCGCGGUGGUCGGCUCGGGCGUGCUGGGCCUCCCCUACACCUUCUCCCGCACCGGCUGGGCGGCGGGCACGCUGCUCCUCCUCGCCGUCGCCGCGCUCACCUUCCACUGCAUGAUGCUCCUCGUCGCCGCCCGCCGCCGCCUCGCCAACGAGCACCCCAAGAUCGCCUCUUUCGGGGACCUGGGCCACGCCGUCUACGGUGCGGCCGGGCGCCACGCCGUCGACGCCAUGCUCGUGCUCAGCCAGGCCAGCUUCUGCGUCGGGUACCUCAUCUUCAUCUCCAACACCAUGGCGCACCUCUACCCCAUCGGGGCUUCAUCCCCGGCCUCCCCGCUCCUCACGGCCAAUGCGCUCUUCAUCUGGGCCAUGCUGCCGUUCCAGCUCGGACUCAACUCCAUCAAGACGCUCACGCUCCUCGCGCCGCUCAGCAUCUUCGCGGACGUCGUCGACCUCGGUGCCAUGGGCGUCGUCCUUGGCCAGGAGGCGUCCAUCUGGCUCGCCAACAAGCCCCCCGUGUUCGCCUUCGCCGGGCUGACCGAGCUCCUCUACGGGCUCGGCGUCGCCGUCUACGCCUUCGAGGGAAUCGGCAUGGUGCUGCCGCUGGAGGCGGAGGCCGCGGACAAGCGCAGGUUCGGCGGCACGCUCGCGCUGUCCAUGGCGUUCAUCGCCGUCAUGUUCGGGCUGUUCGGCGCCAUGGGCUACCUCGCGUUCGGUGCGGCCACGCGGGACAUCAUCACAACCAACCUCGGCAUCGGGUGGCUCUCGGUCGCCGUGCAGCUCGGCCUCUGCAUCAACCUCUUCUUCACCAUGCCGGUGAUGAUGAACCCGGUCUACGAGGUCGCCGAGCGCCUGCUCUGCGGCAAGUGCUACGCCUGGUGGCUGCGUUGGAUACUCGUCGUGGUCGUCGGGCUCAUGGCGAUGCUCGUGCCCAACUUCGCCGAUUUCCUAUCACUCGUCGGGAGCAGCGUCUGCGUCAUGCUCGGGUUCGUGCUUCCCGCCGCGUUCCACCUCAAGGUGUUCGGCGCCGAGAUCGGGUGGGUCGGCCUCGUCGGCGACGUGGCCGUCAUCGUCAUUGGGAUGGCGCUUGCGGCGUCCGGGACAUGGACUUCACUCGCCCAAAUCUUCAGUUCUUUCAACGUGUAAGCAUCGACAGUCUCAUAUGGAUCAUGUCUUGCUACUGCAUUGGGAGUGCAUGUUGAUUUGGGCAUACUUGCAUUGCUUAAAAGAAAUAUGGGACAAAUGGCAUACACGAUAAUUGGGGGCUUGCUGAAAUCUAUAUGCUUUUGUUCAUAUAUAGAUUCCAGUUGUUCAUAUAUAGAUUCCUGUAUGAUUCUUGAUCUUUUACGGUUCGAUGCAUGUACAAUACAAGAGUACCUAUGUUAUGUAAGAUUCAUUUGUUCGAGUUUGUAGUAUGUUCAGGGCCUCUGUUGUGUCAUGUUCUGCUAAGACCCUCGCCCUGUAACAAGUUCUUGCCAGUGGUGUAAUAUUGAUCCUGAGUUUGUGAAAGGUUUCGGUUUAUUUGGUUGUAA